UUUAAGCAAGUUAAAGAUUUCAUCAUGUAUCCGUGUGCUUUGUGUCACAGGGCCACGUGCUGUGUAAUAAACGCGGAAGUAAGUACACGGCGGGCGUGUGACGUCACGACAGCAGCCGCUGCGGAGCUUCAGCGUGACGAGCAUGUUUAAUAUCAGUCUUCAUUUACCGUACAACGUGUGCCAGUAGACAGGAGGGUAACCCGCCUUCACCAACCUAUACCAUAAUUGAUGACUUGAAUUUUUAGAAGCCCGUUAGCUUGACGUCACCAAAUGACGAGGCGGACGUGCAUUCAGUGGCCUGUUGGACGUGCUGCUAACGUGAGCUAGCAACCUCAGCUAACUUCUAUCCAGCAGGGGGCGACAAAAGAGCACUUACCAGUCUGGAGUUGUGCUCUCAAUCUCAUGAAACAUGAGACGGUCUGCCAGAGGUCGAUCACAGGAGGAAAAUCCUGAAAAUGACCUGCAUAAACUAAAACUACAAUAUCGCCAAGCUGUGAAAGACAAGCAGGCAUACGAUGACAAAAUCCAAAGCCUCCUCCUGAAAGACAGCAGGGAGAUUCAGAGGCUUCAGAAUGAGCAAGAGGAACUACUACAUAUCCUCACCAUCGCACAGAGUAGUAGUAACCAAAAGAAGGAAGUUAAUGCUGCUCAGGAUCUCGAAAACCUUUUGUCCAAUGAAGAGAGUAUAGAAGAGGAGCUACUAAGCAACAAAAACAAAUUGGUAUCUUUCAAAAAGCAGAUUUUAGAAUGGGAGAGGAAGCUGGUAGCACAGAGGGGGGGACAUGCGCCGCAUAAUAGCAAAUCUGAGGACAACUCUAUGAAAGAUAUCUUGUCAAAAGAAGACAAGCUUUACAAGGGUCACAUAUGCUUCAAUGAACUGAUGAUCAGGAACGGCCAGUUAAAGAAGGAAAUAGACAUGUUGGAGAUGGAGAAGAAUGAGUUCCUGCAAAUUCAACUUCAGCUGAAAAAGGAGCUGCAAGCCAUUCGCAAGGAAAUUUCGGACUUGAGUGCUAUGUGUACUAAAGCUAACAAUGCCAGUGUUGGAAUCCAAGUAAAGCAGAAGAAGCUGAAAGAGCAAAAGGCUCAGUUUGAAGCGCAGUACACGCAAACAACAACCAACUUGGAGCACGAGAUCUCCACGCACUGCAACCUUGAGGCUAUGGUGAACGUGAAGAAUGCUUCUGACGAGGGCUCAGAUCAUGACAGAGAGGAUCUGCUGGAGCAGCUAGAGAAGUUGACCCUUCAUGAAGACACGAUAAGAAGAAUUCUCAUAGAGACGGGAGAAAAUGACCUGGACUCACUAGUGCAGAACUACUUACAACUCGAAGAGGAGAACUAUUCUGUACUGGGCUUUAUCAACUAUCAACACUGGGAAGUCGAAGCCGUUAAACAGCAGAUCACUCAACUUUACAAGGAGAGCGAGCUCUUUGUGGCGGAGCAGAAACAGCAGGAAGAGGACCGCAAAACUCUUCAGAUGGCCAUUUUCACCAAGCAAGAGGCUAUCGAGGAGCAGGUGUCUGAUUACCAAAAGCAAAUUCACUUGAAGGAUAAUAUCCAACAUCUUCUUAAAACAGGUAUCCAAUCAUUACUGCGUAUCUGCUGUGAAAGGUCUGAGAUAAGAACACUUGGCUCCAGUGACAGAGCCCUGGAUGAGCACAUGACAGCGUGCCUGAGGAUGGUGGAGGACAAAGUCAAUGGCCUCCUAAAUCUGCAGUCCGUCCUUCUCUUCCAGGAGAACUUAACACAGUGUGACCUCGCUAGUGACGGCUUUAGCUCAAUAGCAGAUCAACUGCGGGGGAAGGGGAACGCCCCAGCAGUCAACUUGUCCACAGCAGCUUCAACACCAACACCAGAUGAAGACAAGGCCCGCAAAGGCAGCCGUUCAGGAAGCAGAGGAGCUAAUGAAAGGACAGCUUCUUAUAACAGCACAUAAGUGGGUGAGUACACUGAGACAGCCACCGACAGGAAAGCUUAUUUUAUUUGUGGCUCACAUAAUGCAUCCAUACUUCCUUGAGCUUUACAAGAGAGCUGAUGACACACAUCGCUAAUUGACUUAUGUUGUCCUCAAAGAGCCACAGUAAAAGAAGACAGGUGGAACCAUAGGACUCAUGUACUAUAUAUGCACCAACAUUAGUUGCUCUGCAUUGGCUUGCAUUGGCCAUUCAGGAUUGAACACUGAGGAUGGCCGUUUCCAUGUGGACCACUGUGCAUCUGAUUUUUUUUUCUCCAUCUUAAGUGCACAUGUUCACUUUUAAUAUGGGUUCUUGAAGCUUUUUUUUUUUUUUAACCAAUGAGACCCUGGAUGAACUGCUCCUGGACUGGACUUGUAGUGAUGAGCUGUGACUGCAGAAAGCCACAAGUUUCUGUGAGAAAGACUAAUAAUUUGUGGACUUCCAAAUGAAACUGUCAAUGUUUUGUCCGUGUAAAACACAUGCAUGUGAGGCUUCUACUUUUAGCAUUAAUUUUAGUAGAAAGCAAUGAAAUGAAACAAAGAUUAUGGCUGUGAAUACAAUUACGUAAAAGCUCAAUGCUAAAAAGGUUACUCUGCUACUAAUAUUCAGACGAAGCAUUUUAAAAACUUGCUGCAGCGUUCUGUGGUAAAUUUACAGGCUCACUUGGAAAUGACUGUUUACACAACUUGCUCCUUUAAAUAUUCAUGAUCCGGUUAUAGCGCUAUACUCAUGCACAGCAUCCUUGCGUCAUACAUUCAUUCCACAAUAUAAUUCUUAUUACUGUAAUUACCGGCACCAGCAUCUUAAAAGCCUGCAUGCUUGAAUAAGACUCUUUUUAAAACAGUUCAGUGAAACAUGAUACCUGAUGAUGCUAUGUUGAAGCUGUUGAUAAUGUGACUAUUAAAAAAUAAGGACAAACUGCUGUUACAGUAUCUCACAAAAGGGAGGACACCGCUCACAUUUUGGAAAAUAUUUUAUAAUAUAUUUUCAAGGGAUAAUACGAAAAAAACAAUACUUACUGUGUAAAGUAGUCAGUGUACCAAUUGUAUAACAGUGUAAAUUUGAUGUCCCCUCAAAAUAACUCAGCACACAUCAAUUUAUGUAAAAACCGCAGCCAACAAAAGUGAGUACACCCCAAAUGAAAAUGUCCAAAUUGUGUCCUAAGUGUCAAUAUUUACAGGGGAUACCAUUAUCUUCUAACACUGCCUUAACUCGCUAGGGCAUUGAGUUCAGUAGAGCUUCACAGGCUGCCUCAGGAAUGCUUUUCUUUAUCUUGGUCUCAUCAGACCAAAGGACAUGGUUCCAGUAGGCCAUGUCCUUUGUCUGAUCAUCUUCAGCAGACUGUUUGCAGGCUUUGUUGUGCAUCAUCUUUAGAAGAGGCUUCCUUCUGGGAUGACAGCAUGCUGACCAAUUUGAUGUCGAGUGUGGCAUAUUGUCUGGGCACUGGCAGGCUGACCCCCGACCCCUUCAAUCUCUGCAACAAUGCUGGCAGUACUCAUGGCAAGGCCUUUUCUGAGAGGAAGCUGUCCUGUUGAGUGCUCUAUGGCCUUGGCCACCGCGGUGCAGCUCGGUUUCAGGGUGAUGGCAAUCGUAAUGUAGAGCAAGACAUCUAGACAUUGCGCGUGAAUGCUGAAAAGCUGAAGUGAAAUUGAAAUGCUUUCAAAAGGUACGGAAAUCGAAAUAUAGAGUGAACGUAGCAUCUGUUUGGAAGCUGAAGCUGGACUGAAAUGCUGCGGAAAUAUACUGAAACGUUGAAUGAAUGUCAGAAUAGUUUGGAAUCUGAGCUGAAGCUGUACCGAAAUGCUAUAGAAAUGACUUGGAUCUUGGAUGUGAAGACACAUGUAGCGCAACCACGGGGAUGAGAGAUGAGGGGAGCUGUCUUGGGCUUUUUCUGACAGAGUUUUCACCUCUAAAAUUUUGCCAUUUAUUUGGGGGGAGGGUUGAUCCCCCCUCCUUCCCUUGCCCCGGUGUAGAGCCGGCCCCGGGAUCUACUCACUUUUGUUGCCAGCGGCUUAGACAUUAAUGGUUGUGUGUUGAGUUAUUUUGAGGGAACAGCAAAUUUCCACUGUUAUCCAAGCUGUACACUGACUACUUUAUAGUCUACUUUGUAUCAAUGUUCAAAGUUUUGUAAAAUAUUUGCGAAAUGUGAGUAGUGUACUCACUUUUACCAAGCUGAAAUAUAAGUGCCUCCAUGCAGUGGCGCCAUAUUGGGGGAGUUCGACAAUUCCAAGGGCCCAUGGACAAUUCCAAGAUGUUUUGACAAUAGCUGCCCAGUGGGGUCCAUUGUGAUUUUUUUUUCCCAUGGUGGCACCCCUGCACAAUUCCCAAGUAAUCUAAGUAAAUCAAUAACAUUCCACCCAAUUGCAGUUUAAGAGAUCAUCCAGAGUAGUCAAUGUCAAUGACUCUGCCUUCCCGUCUUGAACGCUCCGCUUCAAACACCAGCAAGUGGCUCCUCAGUGACUCCUCAGCACCAGAAAUGAUCAAUGAUGGGUCAUUAUUCUGCAUGCAAACA